CUUCUCUGUCCUGUCUGGCUGUCCCUUUGUGUCCCUCAUCCCUCCAUCCGCCCGGGGGGUCUCUCUCCUUCCCUUUUCAUUCUGUCAGGAUUGCAAACCCCCCAGCUUCUACCUGGGAUUUUCUUGUGGAAAAAGUCUCAGAGGUCCACCACAAUAUGGAACUGGAUUUUGGACAUUUUGACGAAAGAGAUAAGGCAUCCAGGAACAUGCGAGGGUCCCGGCUGAAUGGGCUUCCCAGCCCUACCCACAGUGCCCACUGCAGCUUCUACCGGACCCGGACCUUGCAGGCUCUGAGCAAUGAGAAGAAGGCCAAGAAGGUCCGCUUCUAUCGUAACGGAGACCGCUACUUCAAGGGCAUCGUGUACGCCGUGUCCACUGACCGCUUCCGCAGCUUCGAUGCCUUGCUGGCUGACUUGACCCGCUCCCUGUCCGACAAUAUCAACCUCCCCCAGGGGGUGCGCUACAUCUAUACCAUCGAUGGAGGCCGCAAAAUCGGGAGCAUGGAUGAGCUGGAGGAAGGUGAAAGCUAUGUGUGCUCCUCAGACAAUUUCUUCAAGAAGGUGGAGUAUGCCAAGAACGCCAACCCCAACUGGUCGGUCAACGUGAAGACCUCAGCCAAUCUGAAAGCUCCCCAGUCCCUGGCCAGCAGCCACAGUGCCCAGGCCAGGGAGAACAAGGACUUUGUUCGGCCUAAGCUCGUAACCAUCAUCCGUAGUGGGGUGAAGCCCCGCAAGGCUGUGCGGGUGCUCUUGAACAAGAAGACCGCCCACUCGUUUGAGCAAGUCCUCACCGACAUCACUGAAGCCAUCAAACUGGAGACAGGAGUGGUCAAAAAGCUGUAUACUCUGGAUGGGAAGCAGGUGACCUGUCUCCACGAUUUCUUUGGCGAUGAUGAUGUGUUUAUUGCCUGUGGUCCUGAAAAAUUCCGCUACGCCCAGGAUGACUUUUCCCUGGAUGAGAAUGAGUGCCGAGUCAUGAAGGGGGCCCCACCUGCUACCACCAGCACCAAGUCAUCUCCCAAGACUCAAAAGAGCUCAGCAAAAAGUCCUGGCCCUGUGCGCAGGAGCAAGUCGCCAGCUGACUCAGGUAACGACCAAGAUGCCAACGGGACAUCUAGCAGCCAGCUGUCCACCCCCAAGUCAAAGCAGUCGCCAAUCUCGACCCCCACCAGCCCUGGGAGCCUCCGGAAGCACAAGGUAGACCUGUACCUGCCUCUGUCCUUGGAUGACUCCGACUCCCUGGGAGAUUCCAUGUGAAGAGAACACAGUGUCCAGCGUCCAGAGGCCAACUUUCCACUUUCCUCCUGUACAGUAUGGUACUUCUGCUAGAGUGUCCAACAGGGCCAUUAUUGCUUUCAAGUUUCAAAAAAAAAAGAAGAGAGAGAGAGAGAGAAAGAAAAAGGACGCAGAAUUAACAUGUUUGGUUGGUUUUUUUUUUCUGUGAUUCCUCCUCUGGGCCACAAAUCCACAGUUAUCAAGUAAGGAGGUUAGAUUGAUGCCAUUCUUUGGAGCAAUUUGAUGGGGGUGUGAUAUGUGCCGUUCCCGAGCCCCCACGAGGCUCAUGCUGUCUCAUUCUAGUGCUACAGGCUGCUGUCCAUGGAGGGUAGCUCCUACAAAUCACAUGGAAAAUGUGACUGGGGCAGGGGGUGGGGGAAAAGGGAAUCUGGAGCAAAAAGAUCCUUGGUGAAUCCUCAACUGGGCAAAAAGUGCCCCUGAUCUCCUUGUCCGAAGAAGGCUGACAGGGGUCAGAGCUGAUACUGGUCAUCUCUCGGCUUACGCCUCUGACAGAGCCCCAGCCUGGCAUCUGGCACCAAUUUGGGGGGCGGGCGAGCAGGGAAGCCAGGGACUUGUACUAGCACAGCCAUCUGCCAGGGUGCUAGCAAUGUACUGAGGGAAGGGGACUACACCACAGGGAUUCCUAGCCUGGCCCACCGAAGCAGGAGCCCCAUCUGGUAGGCCAACUCCACCUCCUCCACUGAGCCAAGCAGGAAUCUGUGAGCCGAGCCGUUCAGCUGGGCCCAAGGGACCUGAAGGCCACAUUCACCCUCUUGUCAGUGAUGGUAUCGGUCUAACUCCACGUCUUCUGUUGAAUGCCUUGUGAACCACCAACACUGAAAACACUGUGAGAAUUUGUUUUCAGGGCUGACAUCUUUCAGUCGCAUUUUAUAGCAAGAACUCAAUCUCCUUUUUAUAAAAAAGCAAAAACAAAAACCUCAUGUCAACUCUUCCUGCUCCUUUUUUAUAAGCUGGGGCUUUUUUCUUUUGUCUAAAAAACACAUGCAGAAAAUGAAAAAAAACCCACCAACAACAACAACCUUCCAAACCAUCAAAGGAUGACUGAGUUUAGUGACGAUGCUGGAGAAGCCAAGAACAGCCAAGGCCCACACCAUGGCAUCAGCCUUCAGAUGAGCUUUGGAACAAUUGAGCUUGACCACCCAAUGCCAGUGGGGCCCACCAUUCCCACCGCAUCCUCAGCCCUUCCCACUGCCACCCCGAACAGAGAUGUUGCUCCUCUUCACCUUGGAUGCCUGAUUUGGCCCAGCCCUUGGGCUUUGAGGCAGGAGCUCCUCCAAGAAGUCAAGAGGCCUCCUCAACUGAGAUCUGAAGUAACACCUGCCAGUGCUGAUGGCAGCAGAUGGGAAGAGUUCCUAACCCCACCACCAUUUCCCUAUGCAUUAGAAGGGAUAGGGAAGGUUAGAAUGAGAUGGGACGGGAGGGAUGGCUUGGCUUGGCUUGGCUUGGCUACUCAAUGAUUCUGGGUCAUUCCUCCACCCUGCCUGGGGUGAGCCAGUUUUCUGUGUGUGUGUAUGUGUGUGUGUGUGUGUGUGUGUGUGUGUGUGUAACUGUGUCACCAUCAAGCGUCUACCUCAGCCUGAGUUAUUGACCACUGAAGUGGACACAUGCUGGGACACACAGUGCUGUGGGUGGGGGCCACUCAGAUCUUAGGAUCAUAGAACAUCAGAGCUGAAAGGGACCUUAGAACUCAUUUCAUCCAACCCUCUCAUUUGCAUAUGAGAAAACUGAGGCCCAAAGGGAGGAAAUAAUUUGUCCAGCAUCACACAGGGAGUAGGCAGCAGAGUCAACAUUUGAACCCCAAACAUCGAUUCAAAAUUACCCAAGUCAAGCUCCAGACUGGCCCUGCUGCUGGAGCCAAGGCAGUGCACGGCGGAUACACCCUCCACUCUUGUUCGGUCGAUCCUUAUGGCAGCAUAAAGGCCAAGGGUCUCGUCCCUUCCUUUCCUUUCUCUAUUUUGUUCCCUGACCACUCCCCUUGCAUUCUCCCCUGGAGCUCAUUGCCAACUCUUUGGAAGAAGAAGUGGACAGGACUCUAGUACCCCUGUCAUCCAGUCACACCUCAAGGGCCUAAAGCACUAGCCCCAUCCCCAGUCCCCCACAGCCUCAAUCCAGGGCUUUGCCUGGGCAAAGUAAGCCACUUACUGUUGACCAUCUCCUUCUCAGCCUCUGCUGGGCUCCCACCAGAAUCCUGACAUUUCUUUUUACUAGAAUGAAGCCCAAGGCUCCCAAACCACAGGCCCAGGCUCAUCUCCCAGAACUCUUUAGCUUCCAAACAAGCAUCUUGGCCUUAACUAGCUCCAUGGAGCCACUGAUAUAGCAUCCAGGCAGACAGAAGCUUUGCUUGUGUGGCACUUACCUGCUGUUACCAUUAGGCCCUCUGGAGGGCAGAAGCAGGCUCACGUGCCUUGGGAGGCCCACUCCCUUCUGUUCGGUGGCAGGCCAGCCAGAAGGGAAAGGUCAGGGCAUUCCUGGCCCUCUCUGCAUACCCAGCUGGGCUCCCCAGGUCUAUACCCAGGGUACGCCCAAAAGGACCCCCUCAUUGGCCUUUUCUCAGCUUAUUCAGUCCCUAUGGGGUAUAAUCAACGAAUUCCUAAGUGAGCUUGGGCUCCUAGACUCAGCUGCCUUAGCAGUUGCCAAGGUUUCCUCGGCCCAGACAGCAUAGCUGCUGAAUUUUUUCAAACUUUCCAAGAAUAAAUAAUCCCCAUUUUUUUUAGAUCAUUCAUAAUUAUAAAGGUGGCAUGCUACCCUUUAUGAGGCUAAAACAGCAUUCGUCUUAAAAUCUGGCAGAAAUAACAGUGAAAUAGAGAACCAAAGACCAAUUUCUCUAAUCAACAGAGCUGCAAAAACACUAGAUAAAUACUAGCUGGUAGAAUGCAUCAGUAUAGGGGCUUUUCUUCGUACGUGGAGGGAACACAAGAGGUCAGCUAGUCUACCUCCUUCAUUGACAGUUGAGGAAACCGAGGCCCAGAAAGAGGCCUGUUGUAACAGUCCCAUCUCUGGGAUUUCUCCUUUACGUUCGAGGCUAUAAGCAGCUUGGCACUGUGCCCCCUUCCUGUACUUCUGAUCAUCUUCAGAAGAUUUGGAAAACCUUUAGGGGGCUGCCUUUGAAACCAACUGUCUGAACCCCCUUUCCAGGGCCCUUUGUGCCCAGCCAGGCCACUGCUGGCCUUCUCGGCUUUCCCUUGAGGGACCCUGGAUUCUUUUCUGCACAGUCAGCAGACCCCAAGUGCUUCAGAAAGCAUCUGCUGCCUCACCCUUUCCCCCUUCCCACGUAUCCAACUAACCUAAUGGCUGUCUGUCGCUCACUCCCGCCUCCUGCAGGAAUAGAAAGGACAAAGCAAAAGAAAAGGGUAUGCAUGGGGCGAGGGGGUGGAUGGAGAGGGCAGGGACAACUUCCUGAAUGAGGUUAAAUAGGAGACUGUGAGCUGCAAGGUAAUGGGGAAGAGACUUUUCCAAGAGAACUACUUGUCAGCCAAGCCGAGCCGAGCCAGCAUGGGAGCUUUGGGGCCCCCGCAGACACAAGACGUUACAGUCGGAAAGGCCCUUAGUUCAUCGAAGCUCCAACCUGAGAGGGACUUUGGGCUAUGCAAUGCCAUAACAUGAGAGAAUAUAAUAUAUGACAUGUCAGCCCCAGCCUAGAAGAGACCUUGGGCUAGAGAAUAUUAGUGCUGGAAGGGAUUUGGGAAAUGAUCUCAUCCCACCCCCCUCAUGGUAUAGAGAAUGAAAGUGAUGCCCAGAAAGGAGAAAGGAUUAGCCCAAGUUGGUGGCAGGACAGGGGCCAGAAGCCAGGUCUCCUGGCUCUCAGGGGUGCCCUUGCCAGUACACUUAGCUUUCCCUCCCCUGGCUUUCUGAGAGAUGCUGGAUCUUGGAAUCCCUAUCUCAUCAAGCAGAGGGAGCAAGGCCCAACCCCACCCCCCACCCCACCCCACCCCUGAGGAAAUAAGGUGCAACCAUUCAGGGGAAGCAGAGGAGCAAGGGGAUAGAGUGAGGCCAAGGAAAGGCACUUGGAGUAUGAGGCCUGGCUGCCCUCUGGGAGAAGUGCUCAGGGCUGCCCGUAAGUGCUCAGCUCUCAGAGCCUUCAGGCCUCCAGUUUGGGGCGUGCACAGACUAGCUGCUAUGUCCCAUCCAAAUGCACCCUGCUGGCCAAGCAGCCGCGCUCUUAGAACAGGAAAGGAAGAAGGCAGAGGAGCCACAGCCAAGGGGUGCCCCUACUCCUUUUAGGGAGCUUUGAAAUGCUAUCUUUGUAAGACUUGGUGUGGCCAUUAUCAGCUGCAGCUGGAGCCGUUUCUUUGGUGGCUAACCUUGGUCACUUCUCUCAGGCUCCACUUGGCCUGGGGUUAGCUUUCUCUGGCCCUGUGGUAGUGACUGCUCCCAGAAGGCACUGGGAAAGGAGUUAAAUCCAUGCUCUGGCCAUCUGUUUACAGCUGUGGAGGGGCCAUCUGACCUUAUGCGCUACCUUGGGCCAAGGGGGUCUAGAGGGCCAUCAAAUCUUGGAAAAGUCACCAAAACUUUGACAAUGAGCACCUUGCCCCCUGUUAGAGUCUUCAGGGCCCUGUCGUUCACUCUCCCAUGUACCCCCAUCUUCCUUUUUGUGCCUCUGGCCUCCUCUCCAUACCCACAGCAUAGUCCUGGCCUCCAUCCACUAUGCUUUCUGUGACUGUACCCCCAUUCUCUGGGCCCCCUGCUUUUUCCAUACCUCCUUGCUCUCUCUGUGUCCCCAUUCUCUCUGUGCCUUCAGCUUUGGGUACCCAUCAAAACUUCUUAACUCUCCCCUCACUCUUCUGUACCCACACUCUCUUUAUAUCCUCUCUGUGACUCCCCCCUGUACUCUCUGGGCCCCCACUGCAUUCCCUGGGCUGUCAUUCUCUGUAUUCACUACUUGCUGUGCCCGCUCUGGCUCACAUGCCCACUCCCUCCAGAUUCCCCACUCUGCACCCAGCCCCAUCCUCCCAGCAGUCCCCUCAUCUCCAUGGUCCUCUCUGAGUUGCCCUCCUAGAGGAGCCCUCUGCUUGCCUCCUUCCUGUGUUGCUGCUUGGGCUUCAGACUCGGAGGCCUCUAAAGCCAGUCCUGGGCUCCUGCCUCUCUCUCUGUCUGCCUCCCUGUCACUUACCCCUAGGGUCCUGGUGAAGGUGCCUCCUCCUCCUGGCCUCUCUUACCCAGGUGCAGACUUGUACAGCCCUAUCUCACUCAGACUUCCUCCUGGCCCUUUCCCUUGAGGAUCUGCGCCUGCCUCCUUGGUGGUCAGGAAGGCUGGCUAAGACCUCUUCAGCCAAACCUGCAGGCCUCAGCCUCCCCAGCUUGCACCCAGAGUGUGGCCUGGGCCUUCGGCAGCUGCCCUUCAGAAAAAGCCUGGAGCUGGAGAUAGCAACAUGAUAGACCACCUAAGCCUUCCCUCUAGGCUUCCCAUGGAAGGUUCCCAUGCAGGGACUCUAUCCCUUUUGCAAAGAACAGUCUCUAGAGUGGAUUGCACAGUAUUGUUACUGUUACUGCCCCUGUUUCUUCCUGUUCCCAGCCCAAUGGGGCCAGGAGAAGGAACAGUUCAAGCCAGAACUCAAAAUCCCAGCUGCUGAAGCAGCAUGAAGGCAAAUAGGACCGGCAAUCUCUUGUUAAACCCCUUCUCUGGCCCGGCCUUUCCAACACUGCCUGGCUGCCCACCUCUGAGCAUCCAGGCUCAGCAUUCUCCGUGCUCAAGGCAGGCCCUUCAGGGGCCAGCUCUCCACUUGCAGAGCCCAGGGCCUGGAGAGUGUAGCAUUGCCACCAGGGCCAAAAGCACUGUGCUGUUUGCAAUCUAAGGGACACCUGGGUUCAAGAGAUCCGGGCUAGAGCAGAAUCCCCUCCCUCCCCCCCUGGCUGAAAUAGGUCACCUUCUCUGUGAUGCUUCCCAACUCACAAGCUGGCAUUUGAUGGUCCCCUGCCACACGCUGCCACAUGUUAUCUCUGGAAGGGUUUGCCUCUCUCCUUCUCCACCAUCACAUGUGCACACACACACAUACACACACACACAGAGUCGGAUGUGCAGAGACAUCUGCCCCCCUCUUCUCCUCCACAAUUCUCUCUAUUUACUCAUCCUUUUCCAGCCUUGCCAGCUCAGGAACAGCCUCCUCCUUCCCUAUCGGCCCUUGGGCCUGAGCAUAUUCCUCCUGGCUGACCAGGCUGGUCCACUAUUUUGUGGAGCAGAGAAGGGUGCAAACAGCUGGACAGAAACCUCAACCAUCUUCUCACAGCCCCUUGGUCUUUUUCAAUUUGCUCAGUUAACAAAGCUUCAGUGUGAUAUACCUGAGAGCCCAUAGUGUGGAUUCGA